AUGGCACCUCCAGAUUUCAACACCACGAGCAGACGUGCGGAUUUGCCUGUCUAUACUCUGCAGGAAGGUCCGUACAACAUACGGCACACUAUGUUGAGUGAAGAGGGUGGCAGAGAGAACUUCCUCGAGAACUUGUGUCCUCAUCUGGGCGGUGCGAGUGAUCGUGUUAUCAAGGAAGCGAUCAAGAUGUUUGCCAGAGUGGGCGAGAAACUUGGCAAGGAUAUCGCUGAGGGCAUCAAGAACCACAAGGAGGGUAAAACUAUUGUCUGA